AUGAAAAGUAGUACAAACAAGACAUCAACAACAAAUUCUAUUCCAAUGAUUCCACCAAAUAGUGAUGAUUUAAAAGCAAUACAUUCAAUAGAAGCUAUAUUAGGUAUAAAGAAUCUUGAUCAUCAUCAUCAACAACAUUUAUUUCCUUCUCAUCUUUUACCAUCAUCAAAAUUUUAUCAACAAAAACUUGCAAGUAAAAAACGUAAUGCAAAUGAACUUUAUCUUGAUAGUAAAGUUAUGCGUCGUAUAAGUGAUGAAAUAGAUCCAUUAAGUACUAAUAAAAGUAUAGGCAAUUCGGAAGAUGAUAUUGAAGAUUUAGAUGAUGACGAUAAUGACAGUAAUGAUCGUUCAUUAUCCAAUCAUCAUCAUAAUUCAAAAAAGAAACAUCGUCGAAAUCGUACAACAUUUACAACAUUUCAAUUACAUGAACUUGAAAGAGCUUUUGAAAAAUCUCAUUAUCCUGAUGUUUACAAUCGAGAAGAAUUGGCAGGCAAAAUUAGUUUACCAGAAGUACGAGUACAAGUUUGGUUUCAAAAUCGUCGUGCUAAAUGGCGUCGACAAGAAAAAGCUGAAGCAAGUACAUUAAAAAUAAAUCCUGAUUUUCCAAUGUCAAGUUUUCCUCCAACAUCUCGAGCACAAACAAAUCCAUCAUCCUCAUCACCUGUUUCAUCAUCGAUGAAUAUGGAUCCAUGGCUUAUUUCACCAUUUACAAAUUCAUCAUCAUUUUCUACAAAUACAAAUGGAUCACAUAAUACAAAUACUGUUCCAUUUUAUCCGACUAAUUGUAAUGUCUCAUCACUUUAUUCAUCAUCAGCAUAUCCAACACCACCACCACUUCAUCAUUCAUAUGGUUCAUUUUCUUCGGAUACAAAUGAUAUCAUAAAUGAAACAACAAAUUUAAAUCCUAAUAAUAAUAAUAAUUCAAUUGCUCAUUUACGUAUUAAAGCCAAAGAAUAUAUGAGUGCCAUUAUAGGAACAACAAAUAAUACGAAAAAUCAUCUGUUAUGGCCUCAAGGUGUAUAA